CACAUCACCGGUUGGCUAUGCUCAGUUCCUCUCCCGACGGAGACGCAUUGUGUCGGCUUCCGUCACUUGAGUCCGAACCCUUAACACACUAUCUUUCACAGGUGGGGGACAUGAGGACGAAUUUUUUGGCACCCGCAGCUAUCUUCGCUGCUUUGCGGAGGUAUAUUUAAUACUGGCUCACGUUUGGUAUAUAUAACCCUCGAGAGUUGCAUCUCGGUAUUCCUACUUUUCAUCGAACAGAGCCUUCUGGAAACAUACCUAGGCCUCCAGUCGCGUGUAGCAUGCAGUCUCCAAACAUUCUGAUCAUCAUCGCCUUCCUCAUCAGCGCGGUGAGGGCAGCGAGCGGCAACAGCACUGGCGUUAAUGCCGAAGAGCAGACAAUAGUCUCUGUGGUAUUCCGAUACAACCCCAGCAAAGUCGCAGCGGGUGUGGCAGGCGGACUGUACUUUAUCGCCAGUCUUUGCCUGUUCACGCGCUUAUUCAUGAAUAAGGCAUGGUGGGGACUUUGUCUCCCUAUAGCCUCCACCUUCAUGUCCGUUGGUUUUUUUAUGCGCAUACCCAUGGCGAUAUAUCCCAAUUCUCUCCCUAUUUUCCUGGUCCAACAACUCUUUACAUUGUUACCGCCUGCUGCAUACCUCGCCUUCAAUUACAUCUUAUACGGACAUUUCAUCGUGGACUGUGUGGACAGACGCCACUCUUGGAUAAAACCAGAGAAAGUCGCCAGGUACUUUGUUAUAAGCGAUAUCACGACAUUCCUUAUACAGGGUGGAGGCGGCGGUCUGGAAACGUCGAAAACCCAGACAAGCGACAAGUUGGGCGCCGACAUACUACUUGCCGGGCUAGUCAUUCAGACACUCUCCUAUGCGUUAUUCAUACUGCUCGUUGUGCAUGCAUGGCGUAGUAUCCUUCGAGUCGGUAUUCUGCCCCGUCAGGAGCCAUGGGGAAUGAUCCUUUGGAUAUUGAUGUUUUCAUCUAUCGCAUACAUGAUUCGCUGUAUUUAUCGUGUCAUCGAGCUUGGUCAAGGCAACGGUGGCUAUCUCGUCACACACGAAAUCUACUUUUACCUCCUCGACUCCCUACCACUAUUGAUCGGCAUUUGCACGUACAUCGUCUACUGGCCAACGAAGUAUCUCGACUCUUCAAGCCAAGACUUACCAAUCAAAUGACAAUGACUGAACGCAUUUAGAAUUCUGUCAUUGCCAUUUUCAUUCGAGGAAUAAACUCGAUGUGCAAAAUGGUGACCCACCCUGGACUUCGACAAUCCGCUGCUAUGCAGCAAUGCUCCUUUUUGAAAUUGAUGAGUUCCUUGACCGCACGAUGUCACAGUUUGUGUUCGGAGCGCACAGGGAAAGCAGUUGCAUCA